CAGAUAGACAGCAACAGACACGAAGCGGGGAUUUGAGAUAGGACCAAAUAGACUGAAGAGGGAGUUGGCGAGAGAGAGAGGGUCAAUACGGGGACAUAUUGAUUUGAGGAAUAUUGCGUCAAAAUCGGUUAGAAUAACUCUGUGUUCCCUGAGUGACGGGAAGGGAGAUAACACACGCACGCACACACACCGUCCGGAGUCCGAAAAUGGAGGGCAUGGCAUAUGGAGCUGGGAAGGCUGGAGGUGCUUUCAACCCUAUAACGUUCUUCCAGCAGCCACACACCAUCCUCCGGAUCCUCUCGUGGUUUUUCUCUAUUGUGAUCUUUGGUUCGAUAGCCAACGAGGGUUACGUGAACCGACCGGACGAGGCCCAGGAGUUCUGUAUUUUCAACAGGAACCAGAAUGCGUGUAACUAUGGACUCUUCAUGGGAACCUUGGCCUUCCUCUGCUGUCUGGUCUUCCUGGCCCUGGAUGUCUACUUCCCACAGAUCAGCUCCGUCAAGGACCGCAAGAAGGCUGUACUGGCAGACGUAGGGGUUUCAGCAUUCUGGUCCUUCAUGUGGUUCGUGGGGUUCUGUUUCCUGACCAACCAAUGGCAGGUGGCAAAGCUGGAGGACAACCCCCUGAGGGAGGGAGGGGAUGCCGCUCGUGCUGCUAUCACCUUCGCCUUCUUCUCCAUAUUCACCUGGGGUGGGCUGACUCUCUUCUCUAUGGAGAGGCUAAAGAGUGUGUCCUUCCAAGAGGAAUACCAGAAGCUGUUCACCCCUCAGCCCCCCAUCCCACUAAUAUAAUCUGUGUUCUUCUAAUAACCUUCCAGCUCCCUUUGCUUUUAAAACUGCAGUCUGCAAUUACAGCUUUUCACCCCCAGCCCCCCAUUCCACUAAUGUAAUGUGUUGUUCUUAUAGGAAAUCUAGAUCUCCAAUCCCUCUUCAGCUAACCUCUUAUUGCUUCUAGUCAGACGCUGCAGUGACUGUGAUAUCUCUGUAUCACACACACACACACGCAGACACGCAGAUACACACAGAUACACACACACACACGCAGACACACACACACACACGCAGACACACAUACAGCGUCGGCAGGCAUCUACGGUAGGCUACCUCCACAAUUUUGUGAAAGGCUGGCAAAUUAGUUUGGUGUCUUUAUAACUCAAAAGUCUUUAAAAUGUUUUAGCUAUUCAAUAAAUAUGCACAUUUAGUGAAAAUACAUUUUUAUCACAGUUACUGCAUAUCUUCUUGUGCUCUUGUCUUUUUUAUCUGACGAGUGUGAAUGAUUGUUUGUUUUUACCAAACCAAAGAGUGAGAUGUGAAUGGCUAAACGACUGCUUUGAUAACUAACUAACCUGAGUGACUCAAGGCUCGCGUCUCAAAGGGCACCCUAUUCCCUAUGUAGUGCACUACUUUAGACCAGAGCCCUAUUCCCUAUGUAGUGCACUACUUUAGACCAGAGCCCUAUUCCCUAUGUAGUGCACUACUUUAGACCAGAGCCCUAUUCCCUAUGUAGUGCACUACUUUAGAUCAGAGCUAUAAAGGGAAAAGGGUGCAAUUUGGGACACAUUCAAGCAAUUUAAUAAAGAUUUAACCUGGCUUUCCAGACAACUAAUUCAAUUCACUACCCUUUCCCUCUUUCUUUCUUUCUUUCCUUCUUUCUUUCAAACCUAAUCCACAAAUGCUGCAUUUGUUUAUCAUCUCUUACACCUCUACCUAACCACACCCCAUCCACCCCAAACCUCCACCUUCUACGAUACCCAUCCACCGUUCAACUACCCCCUCAAAACAUCCCUUUCCAACCUACCCACUCCUCUCUACCUUACCCCUUAGCCUCUUCCACCUUCUUCACCCUCCUCCCUUCUAUUUACCUCCACCUCACCACCCAAUCUACACACCUCUCUCUCUCCACCUACCCCAUCCCCACCCUAACCUCCUCAACCCUCCCACCGCACCUUCUUCACCCCACCUCCGUCCCUCUUCCCUUCAUCUCACCCCCAACCUACACCCCGCUACCUCCCCACCUCCGUCCCUCUUCCCUUCAUCUCACCCCCAACCUACACCCCUCUACCUCCCCACCUCGGUCCCUCUUCACUUCAUCUCACCCCCAACCUACACCCCUCUACCUCCCCACCUCGGUCCCUCUUCACUUCAUCUCACCCCCAACCUACACCCCUCUACCUCCCCACCUCCUUCCCUCUUCACUUCAUCUCACCCCCAACCCCAACUAUGCCCUACCACACCACUCUCUUCACCCACCUCCUCCCUCCCCAAGGCGGCCCAGUCCUUCUUCGGCUAUCAGAGGUACCAGCUGGGGGCAGACUCUGCUCUCUUCUCCCAGGACUACAUAGACCCCAGCCUGGAUGCUGGGGCGGCCGGGGACCCCUAC